AACUCUGUGACGUGGAAUCCACACAAGAUGAUGGGAGUCCCUUUGCAGUGCUCUGCUCUGCUGGUUAGAGAAGAGGGAUUGAUGCAGAAUUGCAACCAAAUGCAUGCCUCCUACCUCUUUCAGCAAGAUAAACAUUAUGACCUGUCCUAUGACACUGGAGAUAAGGCCUUACAGUGUGGACGCCACGUUGAUGUUUUCAAACUAUGGCUGAUGUGGAGGGCAAAGGGGACUACCGGGUUUGAAGCACAUGUUGAUAAAUGUUUGGAGUUGGCAGAGUAUUUAUACAACAUCAUAAAAAACCGAGAAGGAUAUGAGAUGGUGUUUGAUGGGAAGCCUCAGCACACAAAUGUCUGCUUCUGGUACAUUCCUCCGAGCUUGCGUACUCUGGAAGACAAUGAAGAGAGAAUGAGUCGCCUCUCAAAGGUGGCUCCAGUGAUUAAGGCCAGAAUGAUGGAGUAUGGAACAACAAUGGUCAGCUACCAACCCUUGGGAGACAAGGUCAAUUUCUUCCGCAUGGUCAUCUCAAACCCUGCAGCAACUCACCAAGACAUCGACUUCCUGAUUGAAGAAAUAGAACGUCUUGGACAAGAUUUAUAAUAACCUUGCUCACCAAGCUGUUCCACUUCUCUAGAGAACAUGCCCUCAGCUAAGCCCCCUACUGAGAAACUUCCUUUGAGAAUUGUGCAACUUCACAAAAUGCAAGGUGAACACCACUAUGUCUCUGAGAACAGACGUUACCAAUUGUGGAGUGUCACCAGCUGCCAAAAUCGUAGGUGUUGGCUCUGCUGGGCACUGGAGUAGUUGCUAAUCUUCAGAAUAUGGACAAAGAAGGCACAGGUGUAAAUAUAGUAGCAGGACGAGGAACCUCAAACUGGGUAUCAUUUUGCACGUGCUCUUCUGUUCUCAAAUGCUAAAUGCAAACACUGUGUAUUUAUUAGUUAGGUGUGCCAAGCUACCGUUCCCAAAUUGGUGUUUCUGAAUGACAUCGACAUUCCCCCAACAUUACUCCAUUACUAAAGACAGAAAAAAAUAAAAACAUAAAAUAUACAAACACGUGGCAACCUGUUCUUCCUACCAAAUAUAAACUUGUGUAUGAUCCAAGUAUUUUAUCUGUGUUGUCUCUCUAAACCCAAAUAAAUGUGUAAACGUGGACACA